AUGGAUGAGAAUAUAAAGAAAGCUUUAGAUAAAGCAAAAACGAAACGUAAAACGUUAAGAAGGUUAACAACACAAGUAAUUAACAGAAUAUGUGAAUUAUUAGAACAGGAUAUUGUAGAUACAAAAUCAUUAGAAGAAUGUGAUAUGAAUCUACAAGAAAAAGCAGAUCAGAUAUUUAAGUUAGAUCUAGAAAUUGAGAAUUUAAUUCCUGAAGUAUCUGAUCUGGAAACAGAAGUCGAGAAUAAUCAGGAAUACAGAGAACGUAUCAUCUACGCGAAAUCGGUAAUAGAUAUAACAGAAGAUUGGGAAUUAAAGGAAGUAGACACUGCCAAUUUAAACAAAGAUGAAGAACAAAACCAUGUAUUUUCCACUUCUCAAAAUAUUCAUCAAAUAAAGAUAGAUGAUAUAAAAUUUGAUGAGGCAACUUCAGAUAGUGAAAGAACUGAUAUCUUAAAAUUAGUAAAUGAAUUUAGGGAUUGCUUUGCUCUUAAUUUAAGUGAAUUAGGUUGCACGAACGUAAUAAAAAUGGACAUCAAAGAAAUUGACGGGAGUAGGCCUGUGUCUUCUCGCCCAUACAAAACGAAUGCAGCUGAACGUAACGCAAUAAAAGAAAUUGUCAAGGAAUGGAAAGAUAAUGGGAUAGUUUCCGAAACUAGAUCACCUUACGCUAGUCCAGUGUUACUAGUAAAGAAAAAAAACAGAGGAAUACAGACUAGUAAUUGA